AUGUCGCCUAAUCUCUCGCAACAAUACCUAAGUACUCGCGGUGCUGAGUACGGGAGAACCUUUGAAGAUGUUGUUCUUCAAGGCCUGGCCUCGGAUGGAGGCCUCUUCAUCCCAGAGGAGAUGCCUACCCUCCCUAAAUCGUGGGAGACCGAAUGGCGCGAUCUGAGUUUUGAGGAUUUGGCGCUCGAAAUCAUGUCGCUCUAUAUCUCUACCGAUGAGAUUCCUCGAGAAGAUCUUAAGAACAUUAUCCACAAGUCCUACUCGACUUUCCGCCACCCCGAGCGCACUCCCUCCGUCCUCCUUGAAAAGAACCUCUACCUCCUGGAGCUAUUCCACGGCGCGACCUUUGCGUUCAAGGAUGUUGCGCUCAGCUUCCUCGGAAACCUGUUCGAGUACUUCCUUGUCCGCAAGAAUGCUGGAAAGACUGGCAAGGACCGCCACCACCUCACUGUUGUUGGUGCCACUAGCGGUGAUACUGGUUCCGCUGCUAUCUACGGACUUCGCGGCAAGAAGGACGUCUCGGUAUUCAUCCUCUUCCCUGAUGGAGGCCGCGUCUCGCCCAUCCAAGAAAAGCAAAUGACAACUAUCUUGGACCCUAAUGUUCACAACCUCACUGUGGCCGGCUCGUUUGACCACUGCCAGGAUAUCGUCAAAGCGCUCUUCGCCGAUGAGGACCUUAACUCCACCCACAACAUCGCCGCGGUCAACAGCAUUAAUAUGGCCAGAAUCUUGGCCCAGAUCACCUACUACUUCUACUCCUACUUCUCCUUCGUCAAGUCCCCCUCGUACACCAAAGAUUCCAAGCUGCGCGUGGUCGUCCCGUCCGGCAACUUCGGCGAUAUCCUCGCCGGUUGGUUCGCCAAGCAGAUGGGUCUCCCCAUCGAGAAACUCGUGAUUGCCACCAACGCAAACGACAUUCUCGACCGCUUCUUCCGCAACGAUGGCCACUACACUAAGAAGGCCCUCGACGCCCCCACCGACCACGGCGUGAAGGAAACCCACAGCCCAGCCAUGGACAUCCUCGUCAGCAGCAACUUCGAGCGUCUCCUCUGGUUCCUUUCCCACAAAACCGCUAACGGCACCGACGCCGAGCGCCGCAAGCACGCCUGCGAGAGCGUCAGCGGGUGGCUCAACGAGCUUAAGACUAACGGCGGCUUCCAAGUCCCCGGCGCCGUCCUCGAGGCCGCCAAGGUCGAUUUCGAGAGUGAGCGCGUUAGCAACGAGGAGACUAUCGAUAUGAUCCGUGAUAUCUAUAAGACCUCCUUCCCUAAGGGACUUGCUCCAAGACCGGUGGUUACAUCCUUGACCCCCCACACUGCUGUUGGUGUUGCUGCCACUCGCCGCUCUUUGGCUCGUAACCCCGAGGAUACUCAUAUCUCGCUAUCCACUGCCCACCCGGCUAAGUUUGCUAGCGCUGUCGACCUUGCUCUGCGUGCUGAGGAUGGUUAUGACUUCACUGAGAUCCUGCCCCAGGAGUUCGUUGGCCUUGAGCAGCGCGAGAGUCGGGUUACCCCCGUCGGCGAGAGUGCUGGAUGGCAGGGUGUUAAGGAGAUUGUCAAGGCGGAGCUUGAGCAGGAGUUGCAAGGUUUGCGCUAG